GGAGAGGAGGGGGGGCCAAGGUUCCACAAAAACACGAAGAGUGGAUUACGAUAUCGACACAACGUACAACCCUUAUAUCUUCCUCAAAACAUACCUAAACAAGCACAAAGUAUAGAGCAGAACCAUCGCCCAAGAUGAACAUGCUCCUCUCCCUCGUCGGGCCUUAUCUGCCCCUUCCCGCCCAACAAGUCUUGCAAGCCUUUCAACCCUUGAUCAACCUCCUCUCCAACCCUGCCUCGCUCGCCUAUACGGCGUACAACAACCCCACUCAGAUCCCCGGGAUCCUCGUCCACACCCUGUCCAGCGUCUUUGGGCUGUUGAGGAUGAUCGACAUUGGAUCACUGACGGAUGGCGUGACCGAUCUGUUCACCGAUCCGAGCAGCAAGAGCCUGAGUGAUUGGUGGCCAUUGCUCGUCAGCGGGCUGGCCAUCUGGUUGUCCAUGAGGACGGUGAUGAGCACCCUGAGGGUGGCCACGGGACUCUUCAGCACGGUCUUCCGAUACGGGAGCUUGUUUACCCUCGCUAUCAGCUUGUUCGGCUGGGUUACCGGUGGAAGGAACGCUGGGGGGAACGCUCCUGCCAACGGCGGUGGAAUCGGAGACAUCUUUUCCACCCUGAACAACGCCGUCGGUGGGGGUCAACAGGCAGGAUUCGCCAACAUGGCCCGCGGAUUUGCAGGCGAGAUGGCCGACGCUUGGCAAAAGGGUCAACAGGAGAGCGCUGGCAAGGCCAAGCGAUCCUCUUCGUCUAGAUCGCGCAAGAGCAAGACCCCCAAGGCUCAGCCCGCUACCGACGCUGCGGGUGCCGGUGGAGACCUCGCCGAUAUGGCUCAGAAGUGGGUCAAGGAGGCGCUCUGGAAGGCUACCAUGGGAGGUGGCGAGGGCGACAAGAAGACUGGCAAGACCAAGAAACGAUAAAGCUCAUUGCCGAGAGAUGGGGACGCCUGUGCGUUAGGACGGACAGGAUGGUUGAAACGGGGAAAAAGGGGACAUGGUGAGGAUCAUAAUGGGUUCCGGGAAAGACGAAACAAUGUGUACAAUAACAAUGCGAUUCAUGCUAAAAU